AACAAAUCCUUGUGAUGGCCGAGUCGGCUUUCGUUCCUAUCUCGGAUUCUGACUUUAGUAAGCUGCAGUACGAAGACAGAGAGCAGAGCGACGUCGCCGGACCGUACGGUCAGUGGCGUUCGAGUCAUAGGUCGUCAGAAGUGCAGAGUUGGUACCGACCGGACACUCAAACCAACACAGAUGCGUUGAAGUUUAAACUGACACUGAAUGGAAUCACUUCGGAGGAAGUGUAUCAGUUAUUGACGGAUCUGCAACUAAGACUGGGAUGGAAUACAGACCUGGAAACUAUGGAGAUUCUGGAAUGGCAAGACGAAGAAGCAGUAGUUUACUGGACAUCAAAAUCUAAUUGCUGCUUCACCAGGAGAGAUGCACUGUUGAAGGUUGCCACACGUCAUGAAGGCGACCAAAUUCUUAUGGUAGCCAAGGACACUACUCAUCCAAAGGCACCUAUUGUGCCAGGAGUGAUCAGGGUAGAAACGUUCUUAUCAGGUUGUAUUAUUCGCCCAUUGGAGGGCGAUCCAUCUUCUUCUACACUGACAGUGCUGCAACAGCUAGAUUUCAAAGGAUGGAUUCCCAAGUGUUUUAUCAGUUCCAGAUUCAUGGCGUAUCAUUGGUACAAUAAUAUGACCGGAUAUUAUAGCAGGAACGUUCAACUGGUAAAAUCCAAAGCAGCAGAAAGGCGUCUAAACAUGGCGUGAGGAGUCUCCAUUUGACUGUCUGAGUGUUGAUGGAAUGGCCAUAUGGUAAGGACACGUUUGUGGCUGUUGCUAUUGAUUAUAUUUGCACACGUUAAUAUCAAUUAAUACAAGAUGUAUUGAUUUUAAUGAGGAUUGACUUUAAUUAGUUUGAUUAGAAUUUUAGUUGUAUGCACGUGUUUGAAUGGCGUGACCAUAAUUGUUUAAUGAAUUAAUAGAAAUCAACGA